AUGUCAUCAAAAACAUUCCAUCCAGGUGAUUUCGUCUGGGCAAAAUUCCCUGGCUUUCCCCCGUGGCCAGCAAGAGUUAUGCAUUGUGAACAGAAACGAGGAAAAGCGCACUACACAGUAGAAUAUUUUGGAUCGAAAGAAAUUGGUAAUGUAAAGUAUGAUGAGGUGGAUGAUUAUUAUGAAAAACGAGAGAGAUUCGCCAAGUCGAAGCGAGUGAAAGGAUUCAAUGAAGCAGUGGACGAAAUUGAAUCAAUAAUCGACAAAACUGUGCUCAAAAUUGAUACUCAAGCAGAACAUAGUCACGAGUAUCAGGAAGAAGAUGUUCAGAAAGAAACGACAAGUGCUCCGCAGGAAUCACCACCUGUUGCACAGAUACAAAACGAAAUCAAAAAUGAGAAAUCAAUCUUAUCUUCAGAAGAAUCAGAUUGCUCAUUCGAUAUUCAACAAAUCCCUGUAAAAAGCUCGCCAGUUGUGACUGAGAAAACUUCCUCGCAAGAAACAAAAGAAGAUAACAUUGAUGUCAGAAAAAUUCCCCGUCUAGACAGUCCAGUGGUCGUUGAGAGAGCAAGAAUAGCUAUCGAUGAUGAUGAUGAUGAUGAUUUUCUUGAAAUGCUCGAUGAGAACGACGACACUAUUUUAACAGAGGGAACGGCAACUGUCGUUGUUAAGAAAAAAACAGAAAUGAAGAAUGAAAAGAAGGUCAAAAAGGAUUUGGUGAAGAUUGAUCUGAAACCCGAAGUGAAAACGGCAGAAAAAGAAGUAACAGAGAUGAUUCCCGAAGUUGUAGAAGAACCAGAUAUCAUAGAAAUACCAGAUGUGACACCGGAUAUUCCUUCAACCUCUUUAUCGAAAAGAAAGCGGGAGACAAGUCCGGAAAACUUACCGUCCUCAAGCUCUUCCUCUGUGCCGGCUCAGAAACGACGAAGUUUAGGAUAUUCUGGAAAAACGACCGAACCGAAAAACAUUCACAAAUCCUUCGUCUCCCCAUUCGGAACUUCUGUCUCACCGACAAAACAAGGACUUCGUCGACGCAAGAAGGCACCACCUGCUAUUGAACCGCCCGUUUCUGUAGAAGAAGCAAAUCCGUUAAGAUUCGUCAACAUCGACGUCUUCAGCCGAAGAAUGGCUUCCGAAUCUUCAGAUCACGAUGCAAUGAUUGCAAAAUUAUUAUCGAGAAAGUUUUCCAUUCCAAUGGAAGGAUAUAUGUUAUCUGGACGCAGUUUGGGACUUGGAGGCAAUCGUCGGAAAUGUGCAUUAUUCGAUCCAUAUCAUGAAGGAGCACUUAUUCUUUACGCUCCAGAGCUUAUAAGUGAACAUGCACAAUUGAAGGAAGAUAAAGAUAGAAAAGUUCAUGUCGUCGCUGAUCCGGUCGUUGGAAAGAUUCUUCGCCCUCAUCAACGUGAUGGCGUGAAAUUCAUGUGGGAUUGUGUGACAGGAGUGAACAUUCCGGAGUAUCAUGGAUGCAUUAUGGCCGAUGAAAUGGGACUCGGAAAAACUCUUCAAUGUAUUUCACUCCUCUGGACUCUGCUUCGACAAAGUCCAGAUGCUUGUCCAACGGUAUCGAAGAGUAUUAUUGUUUGUCCGAGUAGUUUAGUCAAAAAUUGGGAUAAAGAAAUCAAGAAAUGGUUGGGAACGAGAUUGAAUGCAAUGCCAGUUGACAGCGGAAAACGAGAGCUGAUUAUUGCUUCUCUCAAUUCCUUCAUGGCUGAUUCCAAAAUGCGAUGCGCCAUCCCAGUACUCAUUAUUUCCUAUGAAACAUUCCGUCUCUAUGCAAAUAUUCUUCAUUCUGGUGACGUGGGAAUUGGCCAUCGUUUGAAAAACAGCGACAAUCUCACAUAUCAAGCAUUAAGUGGGUUGAAAUGUGCUCGGCGAGUUCUUAUUUCGGGAACACCAAUUCAAAAUGAUUUGUUGGAAUAUUUCAGUCUUGUUAACUUUGUCAAUCCUGGCUUACUCGGAACGGCUAGCGAAUUCAGAAAGAAGUUCGAGAAUGCUAUUUUGAAAGGACGCGACGCAGAUGCAAGUGCAGAAGAUCAGAAAAAAGGAGAAGAGAAAACGAAGGAAAUGGUAUCUCUUGUAGAGAAAUGUAUUAUUCGAAGAACAUCUGCACUGCUCACCAAAUACCUACCGGUCAAAUACGAACACAUCAUUUGCUGUAAAAACUCGACACUCCAGGAGACACUUUAUAACAAAUUGAUCGAAUGUGAGAAACAAAAUAGAAUUGUUGAGAAAGACAAGGGCGCCACUGCUUCUGCCCUUUCCUUCAUCACUCAUCUCAAGAAACUUUGCAAUCACCCAUAUUUGGUAUACGAGGAAUUUCAGAAACCGGAUAAUCGUUUCAGAAAUAAAUGUUUACCCGUCUUCCCCGAAACAUUCAACCCCAAAUCGUUUGAUCCAUCCUUUUCUGGAAAGAUGAAAGUACUCGAUUACAUUUUAGCGGUUACUCGAAAAACAACCGAUGAUAAGUUUGUGUUGGUUUCCAACUAUACACAGACAAUCGAUCAGUUUAUGGCGCUCUGCAAACUUCGCGGAUACGAUUUUGUUCGUCUUGAUGGUUCAAUGUCUAUUAAGCAACGAUCGAAAAUUGUGGACACUUUUAAUGAUCCAGCCAGCACCAUUUUCUGCUUUUUACUCUCCUCAAAAGCCGGAGGUUGUGGUUUGAAUUUAAUCGGAGCAAAUCGACUUGUUAUGUUUGAUCCUGAUUGGAAUCCAGCCAACGACGAUCAGGCGAUGGCGAGAGUAUGGAGAGAUGGUCAGAAGAAAACUUGUUUCAUCUAUAGACUUCUGGCAACUGGAUCCAUCGAGGAGAAGAUGUUCCAGAGACAAACUCACAAGAAAGCACUCUCGUCUAACGAACAGCUCCGUGAAUUGUUCAAAUUGGAGUCCACUGUUGCAUCGGAUACACACGAAAAACUCAAAUGCAAGCGAUGCAUUCAAGGAUUAGAGAGUGUCGAUCCACCAGUUAAUGCCGAUUGUGCCAGUGAUCUCUCCAAUUGGUUCCAUUCGGAGAAAACUGCUAGAAAAGUGGCUGAUAACGUGCUGCGUGCUGUUUUUGAAUGUGGAUCGAUCUCUUUUGUUUUCCACCAGAAAUCACAUAAUGUUGAAGCUAAGAAAGUGGAAGAAAAAGUCGAGGAGCUUGAUGAUGAUUAUGUGCCAUCUGAAGCCGAAGAGGAUGAUUAG